AUGUUGCCUGCUUCAAUUGGAAGUCGACUGUCCAAGGAUGAUGGAACGGAGUUGCUGACCCGUGAAGAGCAAACUGUCUACAGGAAGGGAGUUGGCAAGCUCAUUCAUCUCACCAAGAUGUCAAGGCCUGAGACCAAGAACAGACUCAGAGAGUUGUCAAGGUUCAUGUCACAGGCUACUCAAGGACACAUGGCUGCUUUGAAACAGUUGAUGCUUCACUACCUCAAGACUCCUGAGAGAGGAUGGUUCAUCAAGCCCAAUGCCAAGUGGGAUGGUAAAGACAAGAGCUUUGAGUUUGUCAUCCAUGGCAUGUCUGAUGCUGAAUAUGCUGGAGACAGGGAUGAGUUCAGGAGUGUGAGUGGAGCUACAACCUUUCUUUGUGGAGCACCCAUUGCUGUUAGGAGCAAGAUGCAGAACAUUGUGACUUUGUCUGUGACAGAAGCUGAGUUUGUUGCUGCAGUGGGUUGUGCCCAAGACAUGUUGUUUGCAAUGCGUGUGUUGGAGGACAUGGAGUUGAAGGUACAGAAGCCUAUGGUUCUGUAUGUUGACAACAAAGGAGCUGUGGAUCUAGCCAACAAUUGGUCUUCUGCUGGAAGGACCAGACAUGUGGCUAACCGAGUUGCAUUCCUACGCGAGUUGAAGGAGGAAGGCACUUUAGUAUUGAAUUGGAUUUCCAACAAGAACAUGUGCAGUGAUAUCUUGACCAAGAAUGUUGGGUUGAAGGAUUUCAACAAGCAUGCGGCUGUCUAUGUUGGAGAUGACAAAUCCAUGAGUGAAUGA